AUGUUUAAUAUUUUAUAAUACAAAUUUAAUUGUCUUUUUUAUUAAUAAAAUUAUAAGCAAGCUUUCUUAAAAGAAUAAAAAGUAAUGAUGUAAGACAAUGGUAAUUUAAUGCCUGUUGAUGAGAUAUGGAAACAAUUAAGUAAAGUGACAACAACAGUAAACAGAAAUGUAGAAAGAAUGUCUCAAUUGUUGGAUCAAUUAAUUACUCAUGCUCUUUCUAAUGAAUGUGAUUACAUAGAAAUUCAAGAAAGAAAGGAUGAUCAUCUUAAAGAAAGAGAGAAAUAUGCAAAAGAUUACAAACAAUGUAUUUUACAUGAGUUAAAUGGAAGACUCAGUUGGACUAUAAGGGGAAAUAAAAACGUUUGUAACAAAUGUUCAAUGAUUUGCAAAACUAGAAAAGGUUACUUACUUCAUUUGUUGCAGAAACAUUGUGAGUACAAAUUCUAUUUUUGUGUAAAGUGUUAUGAUAAAUUUGAUAAUUUUAAUAAAUUUAAAUAACAUUUAUGCAAUAACCAUGAUGAAAUAAUGAUAUUUUAAGUGACAGAACAAAUAUAGUAAUUAAUAGAUAAUGGAAUUCGAGAACUGGCUAAAGAAUGA